AUGGCAGCCAAUGAUCAGUUGUGGCCAGGUUCAGUGCAUGAUUCUGCUAUUUUCAAUAACAGUGGUUUGAAGCAGUAUCUUGAGACACAACAAGUAGGUAGUGUGUUGGGCGACAGUGGCUACGGGCUCAAGACAUUUCUUUUGACCCCCAAACUGAAUCCAAUUACCCAGCAAGAAGUGCGCUACAAUGCUGCUCAUAGGCGUGGCAGAUGCCUUCACAAGUCGGGGGGAUGCCUCCCAUUUCAACCUCAACGAGCUGCAAAAGUUGUUGUGGCCUGCAUGCGACUGCAAAAUCUUUGUGUGCAGUUCAAUGUUGCAGUUCCACAGGUGAACGCCACAGAGAAUGAAGAAAUUGAUGAUAAUAUUGUAGGAGAUGGAAUAGAUGUGAAUGCACAACAGGCUAGACAGCUGAUAAUUGAUAAUUUUAAAAGUUGUCAACAUGUAACAAUACUUUACACCCACCCAUAA